GGGACGCUAGGCGUGCUUCUCGCGUUUCUGACAACUGCAGCCUAGAGGUGGGGAUCGAAUGCAGCGGCCUUCCUGGACCUGACUCCCCGAGACCCGACCUUGGACCAGCUUUUUCAUCAGAGAGGUGGUUGCACGACGAGCCGACUGGUCAAAAGAAUGGAUUUUACGGAGGCUUACUCAGACACAUGCUCUACAGUUGGACUUGCUGCCAGGGAAGGCAAUGUUAAAGUCUUAAGAAAACUGCUCAAAAAGGGCCGAAGCGUCAAUGUUGCUGAUAACCGGGGAUGGAUGCCAAUUCAUGAAGCAGCUUAUCACAACUCUAUAGAAUGUUUGCGGAUGAUAAUUCAUGCAGAUUCAUCUGACAACUACAUUAAGACAAAGACUUUUGAGGGCUUCUGUGCGUUACAUCUUGCAGCAAGUCAAGGACAUUGGAAGAUUGUACAGAUUCUUUUAGAUGCUGGGGCAGAUCCUAAUGAAGCUACUUUAGAAGAAACCACACCAUUGUUUUUAGCUGUCGAAAAUGGACAGAUAGAUGUGUUAAGGCUGUUACUUCGACAUGGAGCAGAUGUUAAUGGAUCCCAUUCUAUGUGUGGAUGGAACUCCUUGCACCAGGCUUCUUUUCAGGAAAAUGCUGAGAUUGUAAAAUUGCUUCUUAAAAAAGGAGCAAACAAGGAAUGCCGGGAUGACUUUGGAAUCACACCUUUAUUUGUGGCUGCUCAGUAUGGCAAGCUAGAAAGCUUGAGCAUACUUAUUUCAUCAGGUGCAAAUGUCAAUUGUCAAGCCUUGGACAAAGCUACUCCCUUGUUCAUUGCUGCUCAAGAGGGUCACACAAAAUGUGUGGAGCUUUUGCUGUCCAGUGGUGCAGAUCCUGAUCUCUACUGUAAUGAGGAUAAUUGGCAGUUACCUAUUCAUGCAGCUGCACAAAUGGGCCACACAAAAAUCUUGGACUUGCUAAUACCACUUACUAACCGGGUCUGCGACACUGGGCCAGACAAAGUGAGCCCUGUUUAUUCAGCAGUGUUUGGAGGACGUGAAGAGUGCCUAGAAAUAUUACUCCAGAAUGGCUACAGCCCAGAUGCCCAGAUGUGCCUCAUCUUUGGGUUCAGUUCUCCCUUGUGCAUGGCUUUCCAAAAAGACUGUGAGUUCUUUGGAAUUGUGAAUAUUCUUUUGAAAUAUGGAGCCCAGCUAAAUGAACUUCAUUUGGCAUGUUGCCUGAAGUAUGAGAAAUUUUCAGUAUUUCGCUACUUUUUGGAGAAAGGUUGCCCGUUGGCACCAUGGAACCAUACAUCUGAAUUUAUAAAUCAUGCAAUUAAAGCACAAACAAAAUAUAAGGAAUGGUUGCCACAUCUCCUGCUUGCUGGAUUUGACCCACUAACUCUACUAUGCAGUUCUUGGAUUGACUCAGUUAGCGAUAGCACCCUCAUCUUCACUUUGGAGUUUACUAAUUGGAAGAGACUUCCACCAGCUGUCGAAAAGAUGCUUUCUGCUCGUGCCUCAAACUCCUCUUGGGUUCUACAGCAACGUAUUGCUAAGACCUCUUUUCCUGGUUCUGUUUCCAUAUAUCCAACUGUCUUUUGGACAUCUCCACUUGGUAUCCCACAUUGUGACAUAUCCAAAGUUGAACUUGGUGGUCAUUUUUCCUGCAAAUUCUUCUGUUUCUUCUGCCUGUUUCCUGGUUUAGGAGCCUCUGUUCCAUCCCUGACCCAUCUUUGUCGUUUGGAAAUUCGGUCCAGUCUAAAACCAGAACAGCUACGGUCUGACAGUUUUAUCUGUCACUUGCCACUUCCCAGAAGUCUACAUAAUUAUUUGCUCUAUGCAGAGGUUCUGAGGAUGAAUGAGGUUCCAGAAUUGGCAGCUAUUCAAGAUGAAGAAAUCAGUGAAGCUACUUAACACAGCUCAUUUCUUACUUUGAAAACCACUGAGACAAAAGAGUCAUGGAGUAUAAAUUAUUCAUGAAUUUAUAGUCACAAAAGAUAAUUUUUGUUUAUGUGGUUGGUUACGUUUUGGAGGGCAGUAGUUUAAUGUGAAUGUUUACAACUAGGCUUCCCAGUAAAAAAAAGUAUUGUAAACCUCACGUAUGUUUCUUAUUGGACUUUUAUCACCAGUACAUUUUAUGUUGUAAUAUUUAUUUACCUGACCAUUUUCUGCUUUAUUCUGCUAAUGAGCUGUGAUGCUGCUUCUAGUGCUAAAUGUGGCAUAUUUCCACCUAUGAUUCAUGUUUAUCUGGUGCUCAGAGCUCAGAAUGGGAUGCAUGAAACUUCACUGGAAGUAUAUGCAGUAUAUUCAACUGUGGAGUUGAAUCUCUUAUUGUUAGUAUUGUUGUUAUUUUAUUUGGGGUUGAAUAUCUCUUAUGUUUAUAAAGAGCAAGUUUUCCUAUCUUGUCAUAUUCCAUUCUCAUCUCUUAAUUUGGUCACUUUUAUGAAGAAUUGAUAUUCAUAGCCUUUUCCAUGUAAACUCAGGGGAAAAUGUUUUCUUUAAAGAAUACGGAAAAUCAAUCAUAUUGCUGCCCCCACCCUGCCAUUUCUUUGUACUCUUUGGCACAAAAACAAACAAAAAAACAUUUCUACUCUGCAAAGGCAAGAGCAGACCUAAACUCAAAGACAUGCUCAUUUGAAAAAAAAUUAGGUCAGUUUCAAGAUAAAUGAGCAUUUUAUGACAUUUAGAAUAUUAAUCAGGAGACUAAGACUCAGCAUUUCUGUGGCACGAUCUUUAGAGACAGAAAGGUGCAGAUUCCUGAGUUACUUAUUAUCAGGUAUAACAUUCAAGCUCCAUUCAGCCCCAGAAUCAGAGGGCAGCUUUGUUUCUGUGAAGCCAUUAAUUAGCCAGUUCUGUUAAUGUUAUGUUUUUCCUUCUUAUUACCUAGAUAGGUUAUCAAACAGUCCAUGAAAUAAAGACCUUGGAAUUGUAGGUUAAUGAGGCACAACCUCACAGGGUUUUAACAAUUGCUCGAUGAAAAUCUAGCGUUAGGAAGCACUGAACACUGAGUCAAGUGAGCUGUGAUUUGAGGCUUUGGGAAUAGCCAUGAGAGAAAGGUUAUGAGAACAUUACUGUCAUGAUAGACAACUAGGGAUGGGGUCUGAAGGAGGCAGGUCUUCUGUUCUGUUAAGGAGCCUGUGGCUUGAAAUAGGUGGGAGUGGGUGGGCUGGAUCCAUCUCUGAUAGGCCUUUGCUGUUGGACAAAAGCAGUGGUGGGAGUGGACUGAGUGAAGAUGGCUUUGUUAAGAUCCAAAGCCAUGAUUGAGCCUAUACCUCAGGUUAGAGCUGCCUGUGAGGUAGAGAGAGAAUUUGAAUGUGGGCAUAUAGGCAGAAAUAAAGUUACGGAAAACCAGGUGGAAAUUCUAAUAAUUAAAUUUAAUAAAGAAGUUCCAAAACUCUAUAUACUAUAUAGUACUUUUAAAAUGUUGCCGUUAUUUUCCAAACCCCAAGUCCCUGAUUUUUUAACAUAACACCAGUCUUUUUGUUAGGGCCAAAUAUACAUAGAAUGUUUCAAUUUGAGGGUGAAUCUUUUUAUGUGUUUUGUUUAUGUUCAAAUAUAUAGUAAAACUCAAUUAUUCUUAAUUUAUCAUUAAGCUCUUGUUCUUAAAAAUCUGAAAAUCAGUAGUUUGGAAACAUGUAGAAGCCCUUGGUAUUUAAAACUGACAAAUGAUUUUACCUUAUUUCUACAAUAUAUCUUCCUUUUAGACUCUCUUAUAAUAAAAUAUUUAUGAUUUUUGACUUUCAGCAAGGAUUCAGAAAUGUAUUCUAAAAUUAUGUAAUGGUGGGUGAGUUAGAAUUACACCUUCUGAUCAGAAUGAUACAUCUAGUUAGUGUGAACCUUAAGCCCUACCCCACAUGUACAAUGGUGCUUUAAUGCUCUCAGUAUAAAGUCCCAACAAGCCUCACGAAGAAUCCUAAUACAGUAAGUAGUUCUCUGGUGGUGAUGCAUAAUACCCAAGCAGGAUUUAAACUGGCACUUUUAAUAACAAUUGCCAUGAUCUCGCCCUUCGUUGAUCCCACAUUUUCCUCUAAGUAUAUUUUCUGCUGAUCCUUCUGGUCACAGGAUAUCUUUCUUUGGCCAUUUAAUGGAAUAACAGUAUCCUGGACAUUUUUUCUUCUAAUUUCUCUUCCCCCUUUGCUGAAAAGCAAUUGUCUUGAUCUGUAGCUUUCUGGUGGCCCUACUUCCCAGAGAACAAUUACAAUCCUCUUGUGUCCCAUGACCACUUAUGACUAAAAAUCCUGGACUUGUAGUCUGUGUCAUAUUCAUGUCACAUGACCAGCUAUCUCUAACUUUAGAUCUGUUCUUGCCACCUAAGUCCAACUAGAAACUUGUUCGAAAAUGGUGAUGUUUUUUAUAGAUCUUGAGUGUCGUGUUAGGUACAGUUUGAAGACAUGAGCACUUUUGAUUGGUUACUAUCUAAAAUUGUAAUAUAAUUUUUUUGGUCUUCAAAAACAGUAUGAAUAAUAACUAAUAACACUAUAAAUAACUAUCUUUUCUGGAACAGUGGAUUUGAUGAUUUCAUCAGGGUGAGAUAUAGAAAGAAGUUGAGAAAAUUCAUCUAAAGGGUUGCUUUUCAAUUUAUUUUCCUCUAUAUUCUCAGAGGUAUAUUCCUCUAAUUAUAUUCCCUGAUUAGUCAUAGAAGUGUAUUUUUUUUAAAAAUUUUAUUUUGUCGAUAUACAUUGUGGUUGAUUAUUGUUGCCUCUUACCAAAAGCUCUCUCCCUCCUCCCUCUCCUCCCUCUCCUCCCUCCCCCCCAACAAUGUCCUUUCUAUUUGCUUGUCCUAUCAACUUUAAGUAAUUGUAGUUGUUAUAUCUUCUUCCCCGCCAGAAGUGUUUGUUUGAAGAGGAACUCUUAAUAUAAUUAUUGCCAGCAGGUGCCUAGUGCUAUUGGAGAAAGAUUUUAAAUGGUGGGGAAUGGUUGAAGGACUAGUGAAAUUGCUAGUAAUGUGGCCAUUUUAAGAUUAUUGAUCAAGUGCUUUAUAAAUCUAACAAUUUGGGAGUAUAACCAGUAAAACUACACACUGCCUUUUUCCAAUUUUAUGAAUUCAUCUUCUGUAGGAAGCAAAUGGAAGCUCAGCCCACCGGCUUUAUCCAAAUGUUCAGUUUAAAGAGGAUCUCUAAGCCAAAGCGAUCUCUAAAGCUUUUGUUGUGAGUUAGGAACAUAAUAAUAGCACCUUGGGUGCUAUUAAUUCCCCUGAAUUUCCUGUACUGGAACGCUUGCCUUCUUUCUUCUCUCUUAUCCCAGCACAUGGAACUGAGGUGUCAAGACUAAUGUGUAGAUGGAGUAAUGAAACCAAGAGAUUUCAUUACUCCUGACUCUCUAUGACCUGGGGUAGUUAUUUGAAAGGUAACUGAGUGUGAGUGUAGCUGCAUUCUGUUAUGAGCUAAUGUUGGAUCUCUGAGUUUACACCUAUACAGUCCCUGUAAGAAAAGGCAGUGUUUAUGACUUCUGAUAAAUAUGGCCCAUAUUGACGGGUUAUAGACUAUUAUUAUAGUUUUAUAAAUACAUUUGGUCUUUGGAUUUUUUAUUUCUUAACAAAACAUUUAAGGAAAGUUUAAUGUUUCUCUCUGUGAUUGUUCAGUUUUCUUGUUAGGCAUUCUCUUUCAUUGUUUUUCUUUGAGGCUGAACUGUUUAUUUCAUCUGUAUUUAUUAUUGUUGUUGUUAUUAUUAAAUGUCAAAUGGUCAGUGAAACACAGUAUCUUGCAGUAAGUAAACAUUUUUGUUCAGUAAAAUCCUGUGGUUUUAAUAAGGCAGGGAACUUUAUGCUUAGUAUUUCUGUGACAUAUUAGAAAAAUGCUUUAGCCUCUAUUUGCAACAGCACAUCAAUGAUUCAUACUGAGAGGAGGUCAGUCUGAAUUAUAUUUUUUUUAUGGAAACAUACUUUGAAAUAACUUGGGUACAGAUUUUAAGUACAUAUCUUCUGCAGUUACUUUAGUGGACAAAAUAUAUCAAAUUUUAGAUAAAGGACAUCUAUUGAUCUGUCACUAUGCUAAUAACAUUUAAUAGCACAUUUUAAGUGUUUCAUUUAAAAUGAAAUACAUGAUUUUCAAGAAAAAAAUAUAUUUUAAAAUCCAGAAGAACGAAGAAAUAAAGAAAUGGUGAUGGAGCUCUAGUCCUAUCAUCCAGACCCAUUAUUAAUGUUAACCUGUGUGUUGGAAUAUUUUGUUUUUUUCAGUUUUUUUUUUUUUU